AUGGACCAUAAGACCUCUCCAUUGGGAAAAGCCUUGCUCACAGAAGGCUUCUGUGUCCUAGGCGCCAUCAGGCGAGGCGCCUUCUCCAUCAUCCUGCUGGCCCGGUGUCUCCACACCGGAGAAGACGUUGUCAUCAAAAUGAUGAGGCGGGGCCGCUCAAGCCUGGGCGGGGGGAUGGCGCGCCAGGAGAGCAGCAUCAUGAACGGUCUGUCACACCCCAACAUCAUGCCCUUGCUGGGCACCAUUGAGCGGGAAGACGGGCUGCUGCUGGUCAUGCCCUUUGUGAGCGGGGGAGACCUCAGGCAGUAUCUGGACAGGAACGGGCCCAUGAGGGAGGAAGAGGCCAGAAGGGUGUUCUGCCAGCUGACAUCCGCUGUGCAUUACUGUCACUCCAGAGGAGUGGCUCACAGGGACCUGAAACCAGACAACGUUCUCAUGGAGAACACGGACAAGGUCCUCAUCACGGACUUUGGACUAAGCCAUAAUUUCCUGGAGCAGCCGAUGAGCCUCGUGUGUGGCACCCCAGGCUACAUGGCACCAGAGGUCAUCACGGGGGGCACCUACGGCCCGGGGGUGGACGUGUGGAGUCUCGGAGUGAUACUCCAUGAGAUGCUGAAGGGACGCCUGCCAUUUGAGCCGACAGAAGGCAGGUGCCCCUUGGCGGACAGCUCGGCGCUCCCCUCACUACUGGGACGCCUGCUGGAAGGCAUGUUACAGAUAGACCCUCGGCAGCGAAUGGGCUGGAGACAGAUCCUAAGUCACCCGUGGGUGACCCAGGGCUCCGCGCCAACAGAACCAGACCUGGAACCCCAGCCCGCUGAGGACACGGUCCCGCCCAGCCUGCCCUUGCUCAGGUUUCCCUGGCGAACCUGUCUGUCUUCCCCACCUGCCCUGGAGCACAGAGGCCGGGAGCUUGGCAAGCCCUGCAAGAGCUCCAGUAUGCCAGUCCUGUCCACCCUGCGCCCUGCCCCUGCACCGGCGGCCCCCAACACCCAGCACUUCCAUCUGCCAGACUUUGAGUCCAUCCCCAGCCAGGCCCACCCACUGGUGCCUCCCAACAGCCCUCAGAACAGCUGCCCUGGCUCUGUCCUCCCCUCCCCUGAAGCCGUUCCCCCCAGCAGCCAGGGUCCAGUGGCCAGCAGUGCCCCCUCCCUCUGGAUCCCCCUCCGCCAUAGCAAGGCCCGCAGGCUGCUGUGCUGCCGCUGCUGCUGA